AUGUCCAUAGUUGAUGAAGCCCCAGGCUAUCUCCAAGUUUUCGCAGACGGGUCUGUAAAACGCUUUGCACCAGAGAUAGUCUCUGCCUCAGAUGAAUCACACAACAAGUUCAAGUCCAAGGAUGUUGUGAUUGACCCCUCGAAACCAAUUACUGCUAGGAUGUUCCUUCCCCAUUCUCUUUCAUCCUCCAGUCCACUUCCACUAGUGGUCUACUUUCAUGGCGGUGGCUUUUGCAUUGGCUCAACCACAUGGCUUGGCUACCACCAUUUCCUUGGUGACUUCUCCGUUGCUUCUCAAUCCGUCAUUGUUUCUGUCGACUACCGUUUGGCCCCCGAGAACCGCCUUCCGAUAGCUUACGAAGAUUGUCACACCUCACUUGAAUGGAUUCUUUCUAGUUACCAAGCAAAAUCUGAGCCAUGGCUUGAUAGAGCAGAUCUUUCCCGGGUGUUUCUCUCCGGGGACAGCGCAGGAGGGAACAUCGCACAUCAUGUUGCUAUGAAAGCCGUCAGUAAUGGCUUUGAUCAUGUGAAGAUUAAAGGGCUGUUGUUGAUACACCCUUAUUUUGGAAGCGAGAAGAGGACCGAGAAAGAAAUGGAGGAAGGAGCGGCAACGGAUGUGGCAAUGAACGACAUGUUUUGGAGACUUAGUAUACCGGAAGGCUUGAAUCGCGAUUGUUUCGGAUGUGAUUUCGAGAAGGCUGAACUGUCCGCAGUUCGGUGGGCUGAGUUUCCAGCCGCGGUGGUUUACGUGGCGGGGAUGGAUUUUUUGAAGGAGAGGGGGGUGAUGUAUGCACAGUUUCUGCAAAUGAAAGGAGUCGAAGUGGUGAAGCUUGUGGAGGCUAAGAGAGAGCCUCAUGUCUUUCAUGUAUUUUACCCUGAAUCUGAGGCCACCCGUUUGCUUCAGAGACAAAUGAGUGAGUUCAUCAAUAGCUAUUAG